AUGGCGGCCGCCCCCUACGACCGCGAGGACGGCCUGCCGCCGUCGGCGCCGCCGCACGCGGCGGCCGACGCGUACGACCCCAACUACGUGCCGGACUCCGUCAAGACCUUCGUGGUGCACCUGUACCGCCAUAUCCGGGACAAGAACGUGUACGAGAUCCACCAGAUGUACGAGGGCGGCUUCCAGCGCCUCUCCGACCGCCUCUUCCGCGACGCGCCCUGGCCCUCCGCGGAGGCCGUCGCCCCCUACUGCGACGGCGACCACGUCUUCCUCCUCCUCUACCGCGAGCUCUGGUACCGCCACGCCCACGCCCGCCUCUCCCCGCUCACGGCCGCGCACCGCGCCGAGUCCUGGACCAACUACUGCGAUCUCUUCAGCGUCGUCCUCCACGGCGUCGUCAACAUGCAGCUGCCCAACCAGUGGCUCUGGGACAUGGUCGACGAGUUCGUCUACCAGUUCCAGAGCUUCUGCCAGUACCGCGCCAAGCUCAAGACCAAGACGGAAGACGAGCUCAACCAGCUCAAGCAGUUCGACAAGGCCUGGAACGUCUACGGGGUCCUCAACUACCUGCAGGCGCUGGUCGAGAAGUCCAUGAUCGCGCAGAUCCUCGAGAGGGAGAAGGAGGGCCUGGAGCAGUUCACCGCCACCGAUGGCUACGACUACGAGGGCGGCAGCAACGUGCUCAAGGUGCUCGGCUACUACAGCAUGAUUGGCCUCCUCAGGAUACACUGCCUCCUCGGGGAUUACCACACUGGCCUCAAGUGCCUCGCGCCCAUUGACCUCAACCAGCAAGGGGUCUACACCAUUGUCAUCGGGAGCCACAUCUCCACCAUCUACCACUAUGGCUUCGCCAACCUUAUGAUGCGCAGGUAUGUUGAGGCCACUCGUGAAUUCAACAAGAUUCUUCUGUAUAUCCUCAAGUACAAGCAGUACCAUCAGAAGUCCCCCUCAAACAAGCUCGUUGAUGAAAAUGUUAGCACCCAGCUGAAAGAAAAGUAUAAUGACAAGAUGACAAAGAUGCAGAGGUAUGAUGAUGAAGCAUACGCUGCUUAUGAUGAGCUAUUUUCGUAUGCUUGCCCCAAGUUCAUUACACCAUCACCUCCAGUUCUGGACCAGCCGCUAACAAACUAUAACCAGGAUGCAUACCGUCUUCAGUUGAAGUUGUUUCUCUAUGAAGUAAAGCAGCAGCAGUUGCUUUCUGGGAUCCGGAGUUAUCUGAAGCUAUAUUCAACAAUAACCAUUAGCAAACUUGCCCAAUAUAUGGAAAUGGAUGAAGCAACCCUAAGGUCAAUCCUGAUGACAUACAAGCACAAAAUGCAUGCAGUUGACAGUGACGGAAAGAUAGUAUCGAGUGCAGACUUUGACUUCUACAUUGUUGAGGAUGUUAUUCAUGUUGUGGAGUCCAAACCUACCAAGCGUCAUGGUGAUUAUCUUUUGAGACAAAUUUUGAAGUUCGAGGAAAUGAUUGGUGAACUGGAGAAAGUACAGCUUGACUGA